AUGAGUGAUGAAGUAAUAGGAAAUAUUAAUGUCAUGGCCUCUCCUCAAAAACCUAUCAGGCGCCGUCUUUCAUCUAGCUCAAGCUCGUCCAGCUCUAGUAGCUCUAGCAGUUCUAGAUCUAGUAGCAGUAUCUCGAGUAUUACUUCAUCUAGUACUAGUUUUUCUAAUGAUCACAACACAGCGCGACCACCUUUAGAUGAAAAAGCCGAUACACUGCCAGGUUUUUCUAGAGAUGAAAACGCCAAUCCACAGCCACGUACUUCUAGAGACAAUUUUUCUUCACCAUCCAUAUUGACACUGAUUUGCAACGAUUUGGUGACCUCAAUGAUGAUGACCCCUCUUACAUUCAAGAGAAAAACCAUCGUCAACGUUUACCAAGCCCAGCAGCUAUAA